UCCUUGCCUGUCUCCUCCCCCUUGGCACUCUCCCCACCUCUCACCUUUCUCUCGCUCUCCCUCUUCUCCAUCCUUCAGUCUUAUCUCCCUAUUCUUCGUACUCUUCUGUAUAUAUAACACAUACAGAUAUAAUUUUUCUGCUUCUUUCUUUUUCCUCGUUACACACUCGAGUGAGAAAAGAUCGACCAUGAGGGAGAUCCUGCACAUCCAAGCCGGGCAAUGCGGCAACCAGAUCGGCGGCAAGUUCUGGGAGGUGGUGUCGGACGAGCACGGCAUCGACCCCAAGGGGAAUUACGUCGGCGACUCCCGCCUGCAGCUGGAGCGGGUGAACGUCUACUACAACGAGGCCAGCGGCGGCCGAUACGUGCCGCGGGCGGUGCUCAUGGACCUGGAGCCGGGAACCAUGGACGCGCUGCGCGUCGGUCCCUACGGUCAGCUCUUCCGCCCCGACAACUUCGUCUUCGGACAGAACGGGGCGGGCAACAACUGGGCCAAGGGGCACUACACCGAGGGCGCCGAGCUCAUCGAUGCCGUCCUCGAUGUGGUCCGUAAAGAGGCCGAGAACUGCGACUGCCUCCAAGGGUUUCAGAUCUGCCACUCGCUGGGAGGAGGGACCGGGUCGGGGAUGGGGACGCUGCUGAUAUCGAAGAUCCGGGAGGAGUACCCGGACCGGAUGAUGCUGACGUUCUCGGUGUUCCCGUCGCCCAAGGUGUCGGACACGGUGGUGGAACCGUACAACGCGACGCUGUCAGUGCAUCAGCUGGUGGAGAACGCCGACGAGUGCAUGGUGCUCGACAACGAGGCGCUCUACGACAUCUGCUUCAGGACGCUCAAGCUCACCAACCCCAGCUUUGGUGACCUGAACCACCUCAUCUCCACCACCAUGAGCGGCGUGACGUGCUGCCUCCGCUUCCCGGGGCAGCUCAACUCCGACCUGCGCAAGCUGGCCGUCAACCUCAUCCCCUUCCCCCGCCUCCACUUCUUCAUGGUGGGCUUCACCCCCCUGACGUCGCGCGGCUCCCAGCAGUACCGCGCCCUCACCAUCCCGGAGCUCACCCAGCAGAUGUGGGACGCCAAGAACAUGAUGUGCGCCGCGGACCCCCGCCACGGUCGCUACCUCACCGCCUCCGCCAUGUUCCGCGGCAAGAUGAGCACCAAGGAGGUGGACGAGCAGAUGAUCGCGGUCCAGAACAAGAACUCCUCCUACUUCGUGGAGUGGAUCCCCAACAACGUCAAGUCCAGCGUCUGCGACAUCCCCCCCACCGGCCUCUCCAUGUCCGCCACCUUCAUGGGCAACUCCACCUCCAUCCAGGAGAUGUUCAGGCGCGUCUCCGAGCAGUUCACCGUCAUGUUCCGCCGCAAGGCUUUCCUGCACUGGUACACCGGGGAAGGCAUGGACGAGAUGGAGUUCACCGAGGCCGAGAGCAACAUGAACGACCUCGUGUCCGAGUACCAGCAGUAUCAGGACGCCGUCGCCGACGCGGACGACGACGAAGCCUACGGCGACGAGGUCGAGGAGACCUAAUCUAUUAGUGCAUGCGUGCGGCGAGGAAGAUUAGCCGUUCCAUACUUGGUUUUUAUCGCUCUCUCUCUCUCUCUCUCUCUCUCUCUCUCUCUGUGUGUGCGCGUGUGAUGGGGUUUUCUAUUGUGAAUUUUUACACUUCAAUCGUUGCCUAUAUAUAUAUCGUGAACGGUUUGUAUAAAUAAUGCGAGAAUGCUACUUAUUGUUUGCGUA